AUGUUCAAUGUCUGAGCGCUAGAUCUGUUAUCCUGACAAUUCGGUGAAAUUAUUACAAAAACAAAUAUUAAUUUGACCAAAUUAGUGUAUUAAUCGAUAACUGAGUUUUGAGAUGCCUAUGUAAAUAGAGAGUUCUAAUUAUGUCAAUGUUGAUCAAUAUUAUAUUCUAAUUUAAAUAAGAAAUGACAGACAAAAUAAUGCAAGAAUUAGAUCCAUCGGAUUUAGGGACGUUAGAGUUUUGGGAGAAGACUUAUGCCGUGGAAAUUGAAAAUUUUAGGGAUCACGGAGACGUUGGCGAGGUUUGGUUUGGCAGUGAAAGUGCUUCGAAAGUAGUGAGAUGUAUAAAUUCCAAACUUCUAUUAAAGAAAGAAGAAGACAAAAUAAUAGAUUUGGGUUGCGGGAACGGAAUGCUACUUGUAGACUUAGCUAAUGAAGGUUUUAAAAAAUUAGUAGGCGUAGAUUAUUCUCAAAAAGCAAUAAACCUGUCGGCUGCCGUUUUAGAAGAAAAUAACAUUUCGAAUGUAGAACUGCAAGUUUGUGAUAUCGUCGAUGCGGGAAAUAAUUUGCCUGGUGAUUUUAAACUUGCACAUGAUAAAGGUACUUACGAUGCAAUCAGCCUCUCUCCUGAAAAUCCAAAAGAAAAACGACUGAAAUACAUAGAAAAUGUUCACAAAAUUCUUUUACGUGGUGGAUAUCUUCUUUUAACUUCUUGUAACUGGACAAAAGAUGAACUAGUGGAACAUUUUAGAGAGAAAUUCGACCUCCUGCUAGAAAUUCCCACAAGAACAUUUGCAUUUGGUGGACAAAUAGGACACACAGUAACACAAUUGGUCUUUACGAAAAAGUGAACUGAUGAACUAUUGUGAAUCUAUUUUUACAAUAUAAUGCAAAUGAUGAAAAA